UAAUUAUGAACUGCCAUGUUGGUACUUGGAACCAAAUACACGCACACACACACACACACGCACCCACACACACACGCACACACACAAUUAAAAAUAAAAUAAGAAUAAAUCUUUUUAAAAGACAAAAAAUUAAACUCAAUGUUUCCAGAGGGUAUGCAGGAGAGAGAAUGGGAAAUUAUUGUUUAAUAGGUACACUCUUUACAAUGAUAAAAAUAAUCUGGAAAUAAUGAUUAUAGUUGUGUAGGGGGAGCCUGUGUGUUUUCUGGCUGCGCAGACCUGAAAUAAUCACACUGAAACUAUAUUAAUGCAAUACUGUUUGGCCAAUAGCUUAAGCGUAUUUCUAACUAAUUCUUACAUCUUAAAUUAUCCUAUUUCUAUUAUUCUGUAUUUUACCAUGAAGUUCAUGGUUUACCAGUGCCGGUGCAUGGGUAUCUUUCUCCUUCAGCAGCUACAUGGCAUCUCCCUGAUUCUGCCUUCUUUCCUCCUCUAUCUGCUUGGAAUUCCUGCCUUGCUCUAUUCUGCUAAGCCACUGGACAAAACAGCUUUAUUCAUUAACCAAUAAAAGCAACACAUAUAUAGGACUUCCCACACCACUUCUUUUUCUGUUCAAAUAAAAAGGAAGGUUUUAACUUUAACAUACUAAAAUUACGUAUAACAAAACAGGUAUCAAGCAAGGAUUACAGUUCUAAUAUUUAUAUCUACUUUAUCUUUUGUUAUAAUUAAGGAAAACUAUAAUUAUAACUACCUUUUAUUCAACUCCAUCGAAAACUCCAGAAGGAUAUAAUAUUAACUAAGUAAACAGGAAGUGCAUUGUAAGAAACUUCCACAACUCUAGAAUUGACAGAGACAUCUUGCUGUGUGGACAGCCACCCGAAGUUCUUCUGUAACAUUGCAGGCAUCCAUCUUCAGCCUACAGGCCUGUAGUAUCAGUCAGACUUUUCAGUGAAGCGGGAAAUUUGAAGAUCUGCUCUGCCUUGUACUAGAAAAGCUCAUCAGUUGUGUUUUUCUGUGUCCUGUAAAAAUGUCUGGCUGUUUCUUUCAUGAAGCAGGAACCCUAAAGGAUUGAUUCACCUUCUUCAGGCAUUAAGCAGUCUAGGCAAGAACAGUUUCUUGCCAAAAUGUCUAAAAAACUCCAUAAGGAGCUUCUUUGAUGCCCAUCCUCUUGAAGUAGAUUGGUGCUGCCAGGAGCAGAUGAGUCUCAUUGUCAUGAAAAGUCCUAAGUUUUUAAAACAUUUUAAAUGCUAUAUUCUGUUUAGUCUUAGAAAGAUUUGAAGAAUACCUAUCUAACUGAAAUAUAUCUCUAUAUAUCUAGAAAACCUAACUAGCAUGACUGCAAGUUUGAUUAUUAUAGUUGAUUAUCUAUUAACCUAUAUUUCUUAAUUAUAUAUUACAUUUUUAAAUGAGCUGCACAAACACAAUACCUUAAUCAAUAGCAUAAAUAUUUAUAAUAAAAUUGACCUUAAAUUUGUAUCAAUAAACCAAGAUCCAUACCAAUGUAAAGUAUUUAUCUGUAUAGCAUAACCCCUUUUAAAUGAAAGCAAACAUUUAUAAACCAUAUUUGGGAAUUUGGGUGUAGUUCUCUCCAAACUACUUCCUGAUUUUUGUUGGGCAAAGUAAUUUGGGGGCUUUACACAGAACUUUCAGGGGCUCUUGGUCCAUCAAACCACAUUAGGAUUUUUGUAUGUGUAACUUUUCUAUUACUAUUCUUUCCUUUCCGUGUGCAUCAGUGGGCCCCGAUGCUUUGGGCCUAUGGUGCCACAGUGUGCCAUGAUGGGAGGGAGCAUGUGGGGAAGGACUGUUCACUUCACGGCUGGGAAGGUGUCUUCGUUCAGGUUUCUAUUGCUGUGAGGAGACACCAUGACCAUGGCAACUCUUAUAAAGGAAACAUUGAAUUGGGGCGACUCCCUUACAGUUUCAGAGGUUCAGUCCAUUAUCAUCACAGCAGGGAGUAAGGUGGCAGGCAGGCAGACAGGCAGGUGUGGUGUUGGAGGCAACAGGAAGUGGACUGACUGACGCUCUGGGUGAUAUCCUGAGCACAGGACACCUCAAAGCUCACCAGUGCCACUCCCUACGAGAUUGUGGGGGCCAAUUACAUUUAAACUACCACAGAUGGAAAGAGACAGAAUGGACUGGGGUCUCACUAUCCCCUUAAAGGGUACACUCCCAAUGGCUGAACAGCAAGCGGUACAGCUCAGCUGGAGAGGUAUCCUGGCAGUCUGGAGCCAAGAAAUACCACAAAGUCACUCAGCACAGCAAGCCUCACACAGAGAUUGGGAGGGGGAAACCCAGGACGGUGGCAGUCUCUGCUGCGGUGAGAAGCAACAGAGAACUGGGCAGUAUACACGGGGCUUCUUUGCUGUAGGAUGGGGCUUUCCAGGAUGGCCUGAUUUGGGGGCAAGCUCAAGGAUUGGUGAGAUUUUUUUCUUGUAGGGUGGUGCCUGGCCACUCUGCUAUCUUGGGACUAGGAAGGCAGUUACAAUCCUUUGGAACCUUAGGGAAGUGGGUGGGGAGGGGGCCUGGCCACUUGUAUGCCUUGAGAGUUUACAAAAUGUACGAAGGGAAUAUCUGCCCAUGGCCCGUUUCCCUACCGCUUGAGUUGGCAUGAAAAGCCAACACUAAUAUCCUUCUGUUAAACCUCACUUCCAAAGUAAAGUAUGGUUUUUUGUUUUGUUUUUCUUGUUUUUUAGAGACACAGUUUCCUCUAAGUAUCUCUGGACGACCUGGAACUCACGCUGUAGACAAGGCUGGCCUCAAACUCACAGAGAUCCACCUGCCUCUGCCUCCCUAAUGCUGGGAUUAAAGGCAUGUGCCACCAUGGCCCUGUAUAAACAGGGUUUGUUGGACUAGAAGUCCAAACGUCAGGGAGGAGUUGCUCCAGACACCACUCACACAGCUGCAAUUGAUGCAAAAGCAAGAGGAUUUUUACUCUGUCAGGACAGGGCCCUUCAGGUUCGGGAGAUGAAGGACAUCCAAUAGCUGUUACAGCCCAUCUUUUAAAGCAAAAAGCCACAGACACAAGGGGGGAAUCUGUAGGUUGUUUUCCAAUUUAUUAGAUUGGCUUAUUCAAAGGGUUACUAGCAGUGAUUGGUCUAUUCCAGGGCAGGAGAAUAGCUGGGUGAUCGGAUGAGAUAAGAGGAGCAUCUCUGGCUUUCCUGACCUUGGUCCAGUGCCUAAAUCAAUACAUCAGGAACUGAAUCAACAUCUGUGGGUUGUCUUUGCCUCAAUUCCCAAACAAAGUUAUGUUUGAAGAUUAUUCACAAGGACACAGGGGGAUGAGCUGAUGUGGGAGUGUCAUAUAUCAAUCUGUUGAUUUCAUUGGCUGAGCAAUAAAGAAACUGCUUGGCUUAGCUUAGAGCAUAGAUGGGAGGAGGAAACAGAAUAGAAUUCUGGGCGGAAGAGGAAGUGAGGUCAGACUCUGCUCUGCUCCCGGAGAGACUCGACAGCUCUGCUCUGGAGCAGAGACACCAUGCUUGCCAUGCUACACUCUCCCAGGAUGGACGAAGGCUAGAAUCUUCCCGGAUUGGACGCUUUGAGUCUCUUUUGGCCCCAGAGACUCGCCGUCGUCCGGCUGCGGCGUUCGCGGGUUGAGACGAUGGCGACUGGGACGCCGGAUUCGCAAGCGCGAUUUGGUCAGUCAGUGAAGGGGCUUCUCACCGAGAAGGUAAACACCUGCGGGACCGACGUGAUCGCGCUCACCAAGCAGGUGCUGAAAGGCUCGAGGAGCUCGGAGCUGCUGGGUCAGGCAGCUCGAAACAUGGUUCUACAGGAAGAUGCCAUCUUGCACUCAGAAGAUAGUUUAAGGAAAAUGGCAAUAAUAACAACACAUCUUCAGUACCAACAAGAAGCUAUUCAGAAGAAUGUUGAACAGUCACCUGACCUGCAGGACCAGUUGAGUCAUUUACUGAAGUAGCAUGCUAGAACAGGAACUGGCUUCUUUGCCUGACGCUGAGGAGGACCUCCCUUACACAGUCAUCACGCUGCGUGCUUGGUUUCCAUUUUCAUCUCCAAAAUUUCAUCUAGAAGAGACUUGUGAAGAGGAGCCAGGUGACUGAACUUGGAAUCACUUCUUUUGUUUUUUUGAGACAGGGUUUCUCUGUGUAACCUGCCUUUUCUGGAACUCACUUUGUAGGCCAUGCUGGUCUGGAACUCAGAGAUUCGUCAGCCUCUGCCUCCCAAGUGCUGGGAUUAAAGGCAUGUGCCACUACCAUCUGGCCUUGGAAUCACUUCUUAAAUUGGAUUAACCCAUACUCUUAUUAGAUAUUUAAGUUGUUUAAUUUCAUAUUAAAAUAGAAUUAAUAAGUUCAGUCAUUAGCACUGAAAAUAAAAGACACCUUAGCUUGCUAAACACUGUGUGCUGUAUUGUGUAAUGUGAUCCUUGGUCCUUAAGCAUAUCACUGUGCCAUAAUUUUUCUUUGCUUUGUUUUUGGAGGCAGAGUGUCCCUGUGUAGACUGUUGGCUUUGAACACACAAUCCUGCUGCUGGCUUUGAACACAAUCCUGCUGCCGGCUUUGAACACAAUCCUGCUGUUGCCUUUCAAGUGCUGGGAUUGCAAAUACCACAUCUGGCCACUGAGUAAUAGUCAGUCAGUCUCAGACACUUGGGAGGCCGAGGCGGGGGUGGGGGGAUGAGGAGAUGGGAGCACUUGAGUCCAGGAAGUUGAGGCCGUCCAGGGCAAUACAGUCUUUCUGUCUCCAAGAAGAAGAGACAGAGGGAGGGGCUUCUUUUGCGAACCUGUGAGAAUGAUUCAUACUUUAAGAUGUUUAAUUGUUCAUUCAAGAAAUUUUCUUUAAGGGAUGCACACAUGGAUAAUGGCAGACUCUUGCAUGACAAUCGGGCCAAUGACAGCCUCUCUGGCCAGCUGCAGCCUCUCUGGCCUUGGCCUUUGUUUCUGGCUCCUUUCUUUCUGUGACUCUUGAUUAAGUGACCUUGGUUCAUUUUGUAAUUUUAUAGCCACCCCAUUCCCUUCACAUUUGGAAGUAACCUACGCAAGUAGAUCUUCUGAUAAUUAGGUAAAGUUACAAAAUGAACUACAUGGAGAAACCCAGUCUCAAACAAAACAAAAAGUCUAAAUGCAGAUUAGUUCGUUAAAGUGUCACCUCAAUCACUGAAGUACAAAUUAAUAAAUAUAUCACCGACUAUGACAUGUAUAAAAUGAAUUACAUUUGAAAAGAGUUCUCUCUCAGCUUAAUACUAAAAUUUUAGUCAAUGUAAAAAUGUCUGACUCCUUAUAAAGAUAUGAAAUACAUAACUAGUAUUUGAAAGAAUGUAUCCAGAUCAGUUAUGAGAAAUAAUCCACAAAGUGCUAAAGAAGCAGCAGUUAAAAUGGCAUUUGCUUGUGGUACCAUUUCUAUGACUUCCACAAACUCUCAAAGAACAGAACCUUUCCCUAUAUUCCAGCAUAUAAAACAUGACCGUUAGAAGCUGGUGAGAUGGCUCGGAAGUUAGGAACACUUGCUACUUUUGCAGAGGGCCCAGGUUCAGUUCCCAGCACCCUCUUCAGACAGGUCACAACUUUCUAUAACUAUAGCCCCAAGGGCUCUAAUGUCCUCUUCUGGGCUCCACAAACAUCUGCAUUCACAUAUAUGUGCUUGAACAUGCAUAUACACAGAUUGAUAUACAUAAUAAAAAUAAAUAUUAAAAUCAUUAAAAUAAUUCAUUUGCUAAAGAAAAUGUGAUUUUCAUCUAUAAAUGAAAGGCAAGAUUUAUGGAUAUUGAUGUUUAAAUUUAUUUUUCUGUGUAUAGAUGUCUUGCCUGAAUGUAUGUCUAUAUACCAUAUGUGUGCAGUGCCUGAGGAGACCACAAGUAUUAGAUCUCCGGAGCUGGAGUUACAGACAGUUGUGAGCCAUCAUGUGGGUUCUGGGAAUCGAACUCAGAUCCUCUGGAAGAGCAGCAAGUGCCCUUAAGUGCCGAGUUGUCUCUUCAGCCCUGGAAUGCUGGCUACUUUUGAAAGCUCUACUCUGUUGUCUAAUUACAGAAGAAUUCAGGGUAGCCAGGGCGAUGUAGUGAAACAUUAUCUCAAUUUGUCUCUUCUAUUUUUUGUUGUGUAUGUGGGGAUAGGGCACACAUGUGGAGGUUAGAGGAAUAACUUUUUGUAGUAGGAUGCCACUACUUCAUUUCCCGGCCGCCCUUACCUGAAAUAAUCAUACAAAGCCUAUAUUAUUUACAAUACUUUUUGGCCAAUAGCUUAAGCAUAUUGCUAGCUAGCUCUUACAUCUAGAAAUAAUACAUUUCCAUUAUUUUAUAUUUUACCACGAGGCUCGUGAUCUCCUGGCAAGGUUCUAGCUCACAGCUUGAGUCUUUCCCCUCUGGCGACUACAUGGCGUCUCAACUUAUGUAAAUCAGUUCUCUUCUUCCAUCAUAAGGAGUCUGCUGGUCAAACUUAGGUCAGCAGCCUUGGUUGCAAGGGCCCUUACCUGCUGAGCCAUCUUGCCAGACAAAAGCUUUGUAUCUUGAAACAUGACUCUGGGUACUUAACCAGAAUCUGCCUUUCCUGGGCUUUCCUACAAUUGCUAGCCCAAUAGUUUUCCAAACAAGUGUGUGGCAAUAUUCUGAAGAUCUUCCUUGGAGGUAAGGGAAGAAAACAGGAAAUUUUCUAUAUAUGAUUUUUUUUUAAUUAAAAAAAUCAAGAUGGCAGUUCUUAUGCAUAUCUGUAAUCCUAGCACCUGGGAGGUGGGGGCAGGAGGACCUGUAGUUCAGGGCUGGCCUCAGCUACCUUGAGUUUGAAACCAGCUAAAGAUCCUUUCUCAAUU